CAGCAUAGUACUAUACAAAACGCGAAAACUGGAAUAUAACUAAAUUAUUGAUCCAGGUGUCCAUUUCAGUCGCAAACUUAGUUUCUAUCAGAGAAGAACUCAACAAAACUAUUGCGUCUCCUCCAAGAAAAAAAACAUUGUUCGAAAAAAAUAAUUUUUGUGUGUCAGUGAAGUGUUUUUUAUAUUUUGUUUGUUAUCAAAAAAAGUGCUCUUCAAAAUGACGUCACGUAUAAGUCGUAAAACAACAAUAACAUCAACAUCAUCACCGUUAAAUAACACGGGCGGAAGUGAACGAAGUGCAUCACGGAAUUCAAAUCGAGCCGGAAGUCCAUUGAGUCCAACACGUCAAAGCCGGUUACAAGAAAAAGUUGAAUUACAAAAUUUAAAUGACCGGCUUGCAUCUUACAUCGAUAAGGUACGUCAUUUAGAAACCGAAAAUAAUCGUUUAACACGUGAAGUACAAUCGUCUCAAAUAACCGUAACACGUGAAGUAUCGAAAAUUAAAUCGAUGUACGAGCAUGAAUUAGGUGAUGCUCGAAAAUUACUUGAUGAAACUGCUAAGGAAAAAGCAAAAUUAGAAAUUGAUUGUAAACGAUUGUUUGAGGAAAAUGAAGAUUUAAAAGCGAAACUCGAUAAGAAAACAAAAGAUUUAUUAUUUGCUAACAAUACGGUUCGAUCACAAGAACAACGAAUCGAAAAUUUACAAUCGUCGUGUAAUCAAGCGUUAAAUGAUCGUAAAAAAUUAAACGAUGAUUUAAAAGAAGCUGAAAAAGAACUUGUAAAAUUACGUCGGCAAGUUGAUGAACUUCGAAAAGCGUUAGAAGAGGAAACAUUAGCACGAGUUGACCUACAAAAUAAUAUUCAAAGUUUACGUGAAGAGUGCGCUUUUAAAGAUCAAGUUUAUCAAUCAGAAAUAACUGAAACUCGAACACGUCGUCAAACCGAAAUUAACGAGAUCGACGGUCGAUUAGCACAACAAUACGAAACUAAGUUACAAGAAGCCUUACAAGAGUUACGUGAUCAAUAUGAAUCACAAAUUUGCGCAAACCGUGCCGAAAUUGAAUUAUUAUACGAAAGUAAAAUUAAGAAUUUACAAACAGCUGCAUCACGUAAUUCAAACGCCACGUCAAAUGCUAUGGAUGAAGUGCGUAAAACACGUAUUCGUAUGGAUACGUUAAGCAAUCGUGUGAACGAACUUGAAACAACAAAUAGUGCGUUACAAGCACGUAUCCGUGAUUUAGAGAAAACGUUAGAAGAUGAACGAUUACGUCAUACGGAAGAUUUAGCAUUGUUGGAACAUGAACUUGCUCGUUUACGAGAUGAAAUGGCCUUGCAAUUACAGGAAUAUCAAGAUUUAAUGGAUAUUAAAAUAUCGUUAGAUUUAGAAAUUUCCGCAUAUCGAAAAUUGUUGGAAGGAGAAGAAGCACGAUUAAAUAUUUCAGCUUCAUCGGGGGCUGGAGGUGAUACGUCAUCAUCUUCAUCAACAACACGCGUCACAACACGUGCCUCUGUUGGACGCUCCCCAAUUGGAACCAGUAGCUCUGGCCCAAGUGUUACAAAACGUAAGCGUACUUUAUUAGAAGAAACAAUUACAUCAUCAACCACAAAAAAUGUUAAAUCAUAAAAUUAAUCGUUCAAAAUACACAUUUAAUUUAGUUUGCGUUAACGUGUCACACAAAGUCAAAUUGAACAGUAUUCAAGUUAUAGGAAAUAAACUAUCUUGAAUACUGUUCAGUUUAUACGAAAUAGAAUGUAUAUUUAUAUAGUAUUUUUCAUGUAAAUUGAAAUAUUUUUUUUCCUCAUUCAAACUACAUGGAAUUUAAAAAAUAUGUCGCUAUUUUUCUCUUGAACUAUGUUCAGCUUAUAGGAAAAAACUUUAUA